AUGGCGCCGUCCGACCCGAAAACCACGACCGAGGCGGAGGUCCACCCCAACGCCCACCUAUGGGCGCAGGCCACGGCCAUCCAGAGCGUCCGCUCUCUCGUCCCAGUCAUCCUCGACUUCAAGGUGCCAUCCUUCCCCAAGUGGCGCUGCUUCUUCAACAUCGCUGUGACGACCUACGCCCUCGAGGACCACCUCACCACGGAGACGGCCCCGUCCGAUCCCACAUGGCUUCGCCUCGACGCUACCGUGCUACGCUGGCUGUACGGCUCCAUGGCGCUGGACAUCGUCGAUCUCGUCAUGAAGGCCGACGCCACCGCCUACACGGUCUGGACCGCCGUCGACGCGCUCUUCAACGACAACAAGAAGACGCGCGAGAUCUACCUCGCUGAGGAGUUCCGCAGCAUCAAGCAGGGUGACCGGUCUGUCACCGAGUAUCUCCAUCUGCAAAAGACGGCGGCCGACGCCCUCGCCGAGGUCGGCUCUCCCGUCUCCGACACCGACCUCGUCACCAACAUCAUCAAGGGCCUUCACGAGCGCUUCGACAGCGUGGCUGACAUCGCCCCGCUCCUGACGCCGUUCCCGACCUUCCUCAACUUUCGGAACAUGCUCCUCCUCCACGAGAUGAAGGCGGCACGUCGUUCCACCACCAACUCCUCCGCCUCUGCCUUCUACUCCGCCAAGGGCAACCCUGGACACGCUGGUGGCUCGCAGGGUGCAGCCGGCGGCCAGCCAUGGAGGCCACCCGCAAACCCUAAUCAUGGCGCCUCGGGUUACGGCAAGAACAAGGGCAAAAAGCCCAAUGGUGGCUACGGCUCGAAGCCGUCCGGUGGCUCCGGCAACGCCGGCAACCUCAUGCCGACGCCUUACAACCCCUGGACUGGAGCUAUCCAGAUGUGGCCCAUGCAGCAGCCCGGCAGCGGCAUCCUCGGGCCUCGCCCUGGCGCACCUCGCGCUCAUGCCUACAUGGCAGCGCCUCCGGCCACGCCGACGUCCCUCUACCACGACUACGGUGUAGCCCAUGGCCAGGCGUACCAGUCUGGCGGCGCUCCCUACGGUGCAGCUUCCUAUGGUGCAGCUCCCGCGCCUCGAGCACCUACGCCGACAUGGGACCCAUCUGCUCUUGCGCAGCAAUUCAACACCAUGACGCUGCAACCCCCUCCUCACGAGUGGAUCAUGGACACAGGCGCCACGGCUCACCUCUCGUCUGACCCUGGACCUUCCCACCCGGCGCGAGAUUCUUCGGUGCAAUAG